AUGGACUCUCCAAUGGGUCCUCCAAUGCCCGCCGGCUACUCCCUCAGAGUCCAGCUCUUCGCCCCAGACGCGUACGACUCGUCCGAUAAGCCAAUUCGCAAUUUUCGCGUCGUUGCGUCUCCAGAUUGCACCGUCGAAGAGUUCUGUCUGGAGGCUUCGAGGAUCCAUCAGAUGAACUACGGAACACCACUCUCUCUCAAGAAGGUCCAGGAUGACCAGCAGUUCGACAUUACCCAGGGUGAGAUUCUGGGAAACUUAUUCACAUCAAUGUCUACAAUUCGAUGUAUCCAGGCCUCUUCGGUUCCAGGUGCUCGCGACUCGGUUGCGCCCAACUCCGCCCUUCGAUUCGACCCCGCCGUUAGUCUCAAACGUGAACGAGAUGGAGUUCCAAGAGCGAAUGGAUCAACGCCAGGAAAUUCGUGGAGUUCCAACAAGCGCCGACGGGUGGCAGACCCAGAUGAGCCUUUGCCCUCGCGGGAGAAUAUUGAGGUUGUGCAUGAGAGCCCGAAAACGAAUGGCCACAUACCCGAUCUCAAUGUUGUCCCCAACUCUCAAGAGAGCGUGAUACUGGGCAACCCCGAAGGACCCUUCAAGAGCUUGCGACAUGUAAGAAUCACUUCACUCCCCAAGACGGUGAACGAGAUUCGUGAGACCCCUCCGCCGAUUCCACCUCCUGCGUUGAUUUUACCGUCUCACGAGAGAGGCUCAGCUGAUCAUAAGAACCGACAGCCGGACAACGAUACCACCGUGCUCUCACAUUCAAGCCCGUUGGCACAAGAACCCGUCCGAGCGCAGUCGCAAACAUCGAAUCAAAGAGCAAAGAGCGCAAAUUAUCAUGUACAGAGAGCUACCGAGCGUGGAACAUCUGUAUCAGCUGCAGCUACCAGUCCGAUGUCAAUUGAACAGCGCCCCAUUCAGAAUGGUGUCUCAUCUACCAGCCAUAGGAGACAAGAGUCUCGCCCCACUGUAUUGGAGAAAAGUGGAAGAUCAGGUCAGCGUAACGAGGACAGCAUAUAUGACGUAAUCACGACGGACGACGAGAAAACUGCUAUUUCAAGAGCCAAAAAUUCUGCAACGAAGACUCGCAAUAGCCCCAAUUCAGGUCUGUCAGGUCCGGCAUGGGCCAAGAACAAGUUUAGUACUCCUCCCAAUGGAAAUCGACGCAGCUCCGCCUCCCGCGAACAGUCGACGCCUGGAGAGCUACCGAUGACGCCGAAUAGUAAGCAACGAGAGGAGAGGCAGAACCCACAAGCGGAUGAGAUCCGAAAGGCUCGAAUUGCUGCGGCCGAGGCAGCCGAUCUUCGGAGACGGGAAACUAAGGAAGCGAGAGAAGUCGAAGAGAGACGCAAGGCCGAGGAGGAGAGAGCCAAACGAGAGGAACAGGAGCAGAUCGAGGUUGAGAACUUCCAGCGGGGAGAGGCCGAACGUAAGGCAUCUGCUACUAAAGCUGCUCUAUUGAAGAAGGAGCAGGAGGUGGUGGAAGAGGAAAGGCGUCGCGAGCAAGCUCGGAUCGCAAAUGAGAAGGCCGAGGCAGAAAAGCGGGUCCAGGAGGAACGUUUGGCGCAGGACAAGGCCGCAAUAGACGAGGCCCAGCGAUUGCGCGCAGUGGACAUUGCUGCUGAGGAGUUGAGAAAGUCAAACGAAGCUCUGAAGCAGAAGGAGAAGACGCACCCGCCCGAAAAUUCUCGAGAACCGAAAUCACAUACGCCAAUUCUCCCCCCAUCUAGAACUCCAUCAUCGAACUCUAACGUCCAGUCCUCCACACCUUUCAUUCCUGGAGGCAGAAAAUCAGCUCUGAAGCAUUCGGCAUCCUCUCAAGCGUUGAGAAGCUCUUCACCAGCUGGCUCUAGAGAAUCGGCGGACGAGUCUUUGCCGAAGUCAGUAAAUCGUCGGGUGUCAUUCCGUGAUGAGCAUGAGCGAAAGGAGACGCCCGUCAUGCCUCCAACUAGAAUUGUCUCCAAACCAAAGACCUCGACUCCUGUUACGGUUCCGAGAGCUGCCGUUACGCCACAAGCACAACACAAGGCCGUCAUACCGAGAAGCGAGACCCUCAAAGGCUCUGCUCCAGCUCCACACACAGCAGUCCCUACAGGCUCCGCCCCAAAGCCUUCUCAAGUCACGCCGAUUCCUCCACCGGUCAGGAAGUACACACCAAUUCCGCUUCCACCUACAAUCUCCAGCCUUGGACGCAAAAUCACACCAAUUGCACAAAAGAAGGCUACCCUUGUUCCAAAGGAUCCGACUCCUCCUGAACCCACGAGAAAGGGUACUCCCGUACCUGAAAUUCCAGUCGCUAGAAAGAGUGUCACUCCUGGAUCUCAGUCUACCAGCAAGAUGUCGCCGCCAGCUAAAAACUCUGCCAGAAAGAGCAUUACUCCGGCUCCUGAAGUCUCCUCGAGGAAAAGCACUACUCUUGCUCCUGUGGCCAAAGGCAAAUCAAAAUCUGUCCAGUCGGAACUUGAGUCCAUGUCUGUUUCUAGUAAUUCUUCGGACGGGUCCGAUGAGGAUAUUCCGAGCCGACGAAUCCCGGAGAAGCCGUCGUUUGGACUGAAUGGUCUUAAAAGAGCACAGCCUGUCCGAGAGGCGUCGCGCAACCAAGAUGUGUCCGACAGCGAGGAAGAUGUUGAUAUGGAUAAGGGAGUCGAUGAGGAAGAGACUCAGAGCCAUGAUUCACGGGGAAGCCGCUCUCCAGUCGUGUUCACCCAGCAUUCAAGUAUGGGCAAGCCUAGCAAACCUCGACGAUCUGUAUCGCCCGAGUCCGAAGAUGGCUCCGAAUUCGAGGCCAGCGAAGAUGAGCAGGAGGAUUCGGAUUCGGAUAUGGGAGGCAAUCGCAAGCGGAUACCCCGAGCCAAGAACCAAUUCGUGAUUGAUAAAGCGAAUGAAAAUGUCAGCUCAGAAGAUGAUUCCGAUGCAGCUGAAGAUGAUGGGGACGAGGAGCAGGACGCGGAAGAAGACAUUCGUCACUCAAGCCCACAUCUUCCACGACACAAGAAAUUUGUCAAGGCCAGUCCAGAGCCGAAUGGACGUGGUCAAAGUAACUGUAAGGAUUCCUCCUCCGAGGGAUACAACACACAAGAGGAGAUCGAUCAGCAACUAACUUCUUCUAUGUAUGAAGCUCAUUCGAUGAUCCCGGAAUCUAGUGCUAUUGUCUACCCACCAACUUCCAGCAUUGCACCUAGGCCGGCUAUCAAGUUCGGCACCAGCUUGAGCAGCUUAACCCGGAAUAGGUCGGCUCUUGCAACUUCAUCCGCAAUUCAAGCCCCUAAGGGAAGAAGUGGCCAGCGAACUCAGUUACUGGCAGAUGAUGAGGAUAGUGAGGAUAUUGAUGACAGUGAGGAGGAGAGCAGCUCCGACUCCUCGGAAUCUGACGACGAUGCCGUCAAGACCGUGGCUCAGAAUUCGAGGUCAAAGGAGCCAGCACAAGUCACCGUGUACUCGGAUUCAGAUAGCUCCGAGUCAGAAUCAGAGGAGCAAAAACAAGCCAAGAAGGCCCGGAAUCAGCUGUCGCUCGAGAUUGCGGCUUUGCAAACGAGCGAUAGUGGUAUCCCGAGUCCGAAACUGUACAAUAUGAAUACGCAGCAACUUGAUACCGGAAAGGAGAAUAAGAGGAGAACGAGCUCGAGGAAAGUGGGAAAUCUGACUUCUGGCUACAAGUUCAACCUCUGA